AUGGACAACUUUUUACCGCCUAAAUAUUGCGAUGUGGGAAACAAUAAUUCUUUCCGACUGGCUGUGGGCCUCCGUCUAGGUGCUGAAAUAGUUGUCCCCCACUGCUGUCCCUGCGGCUCACAAGUAGACAGCCUGGGCUCGCAUGGCCUCUCCUGCCGUAGGAGUGCCGGUCGCCUGUCUCGCCAUGCCAGCCUCAAUGACGUGAUCCGUCGGGCUCUUGCUAGCGUAGGUGUGCCGGCCACUUUGGAACCACCUGGCCUGGCGCGCGACGAUGGCAAGAGGCCCGACGGAAUAACGCUCAUCCCCUGGCAGAUGGGACGGCCGCUUAUAUGGGAUGCCACGUGUGUGGAUACCUUAGCGCCGUCCCAUCUAGCUUCCACUUCACGGAAGGCUGGCGAAGCGGCGGCAGCGGCCGAAGCUCUUAAACGCCGCAAAUAUGCCUGUCUCCUGCAAAACCACAUAUUUGCGGCGUUUGCGGUGGAAACCUUGGGACCAUGGAGCGGUGAUGCCCUUAACUUCUUCCGGGUCUUAAAAAGAAGACUCCGGGAGACUUCGGGAGAUCCUAGGGCUGGCUCAUUCCUUGGCCAAAGAAUUGGCAUUGCUAUUCAGCGAGGGAAUGUAGCCAGCCUCAUGGGCACACUUCCACAGGGGACGGACUUGGGGGACCUCAGCCAUUAAUCGCCCACUGCUGAGUAUAGGCCUCCCUCCGUGUACGCCACUUACCCCGGUCCUGGGCUAAUCUCAUCCAGAAGUGCCCCGCAAUUUUUCGAAUGUCGUCCACCCAAC